AUGAGGCAAGCGCGCAAACCCAAAGAAAACAUCAGGGCCCUCCCAUCGGACUCAAUCCACCGACUGAGGGAUGAAUCCGAACAAGAAGAAGAAGAUGACAAUUUCGAGCUAGUGGCUAGGGUGCGAACUGCUUUGCCUCAAGCUAGGGAAGCUGUUGAGAAGGCAUUGGCUGAGAUCUCCGAACAGGAACGGGAAAGUCAUUCAUACGAGGGGCCUCAGGGGGCGACAAAUAUCCACAACUUCUUGGAUGGGUUAGAGUCCACUGCCUCAGAGGACAUCACUGGGCUUGGUGACUUGCUGGUGCUAAAGAAGAUUUUCCUCCGAUACCGAGAGGAGUUAGCCCAACACGAGGUCGAGGUUCGGGAGCUUACUGAGAAGAGAGAUACUUAUAAGCUUUUGAGUGAGAAACUUCAGGCCAAAUUAGAAGCGGCUCGGAAGGAGCAUGUCGAGUGGGCCAAGCAGGCGCAUGUAGACACGAUACAAGCUAAGGUCGAGGAGUUCAAGAAAAAUAUGGAUCUCAUAACCUUGGAAAAGGAAGCUGUCCAAGCACAACUGGCGUCGGCCGAGGCCCAACUUCGGGCUACAAAAGAGAAAACCUUGGUGCAGGCCAAGAAGAUUGAGGAGCUCCAAUCUGAGCUAAACUCGACCAUUUCUGGUCAAGAGAGUUUGGCCAAGGAACUCGAGGCGGCGAAGUACAAAAGCAUGGUGGAGCAUGUAAGGUGGCAAUCUCGAAGGGAAGCCCUCAAGGGAGUCCAUGCUCAGAGCUUCGACAUACUAGCGGAAAUCGAGAAUGCCAAAGUAGAAGAAGCCAGGGCCCGAAAGCUGGAUUUUCCCAAGGAAGAUUCCGAGAGCUUAACCGAAUUUGAAGGCAGGGAAGAUCUCGAGGAUGAAGACGCUGCCCUCGAUGAGGACCAGACCACUUAG